UUCGGUCUACCCUCCCUAGGCCAGGUCUCCUUUGCCGCUGUUUCUUCUGCUGUUGCUGGAGUGCUCCGAGUCUGUUGGGCGCAGCGAGCCACCGUCCAGUGUAGAAUAUCAGGAGAAACACUGAGCGAGAGCAGUCAGAAGGAGAAGCGACGAAACAAGGUUUUCGGCAACGGCACAGGAGAGCCAUUCAGAAGAGCCGGGGGUCAAAGGUGAAAAGAGCAGAGGGCACCAUGGAGAGUGAGCCAGGGGCCCCUGCUUCCACUGCCAGCAGUACCGGGACCACCGCAGCCACCACCACGUCCACCACCAAUUCCUCCAGCACCACUGCUGUCAGCAGUAAUAGUACCUCUAAUACUACUACGACUACUACUAGUUCUACCACUUCCACUAGCAUUAGUAAUAGUAGUAGCAGCAGCAGUAGUAGUAGUAGUACUAACACUAGCAGUACUUCCAGCAGUAGUACUACAGCUGGAAGACCGGCAGUGCCUCAGAUAUCGGUUUACAGUGGAAUACCUGACCGUACAGUACAGGUAUUCCAGCAGGCAUUGCAUAGACAGCCCAACACAGCAGCACAGUACUUGCAGCAGAUGUAUGCAGCUCAGCAGCAGCAUCUGAUGCUGCAAACUGCAGCCCUCCAGCAGCAGCACAGCCUCAGCCUGGCUGCUGUACAGCAGGCCAGUAUCGCGGCUGGCCGGCAAAGCUCUUCACAAAAUGGCACUUCAUCUCAGCAAACAGGAUCUACUCAGGCUACGAUCAACCUGACCACGUCUCCAGCGGCAGCUCAGCUGAUCAGCCGAGCUCAGAAUAUUAGCUCAACCCCCACCACUAUUUCCCAGCAGGCUGUUCUGCUGGGCAGCCCAUCAAGCCCCACUCUUACACCCACCCAAGCACAGAUGUACCUGCGUGCACAGAUGGCCCAGGUACAGGUGGCGAGGAGCCUGGGUCGUGCUGUUCCUCUGUCCCCACAGCUCAUCUUUACCCCAGCUGCCACUGUGACGGCUGUGCAGUCAGACAGCUCUACGCAGGCCUCCUCACAGAAUCAGGUACAGAAUCUGGCCAUCCGUGGCCAGCAGGGGGCGACAACAUCCUCCUCUCAGACUCAGAUGCCACAGGCUCUCAGUCUGAAGCAGGCCCCUGUGCCUAUCCAGCCUGCGUCACUGAUCAAAAACCCAAGUCAAGGUACCCAGGCCUCAGCAGGGGGGAAGACCAGCUCCUUAGACAGUCCCUCUGAAGGAGGGAAGAAGGGGGACAGUGCAGCAGUCACAGAAGUCCGAGCUAUAAACAUGAGCCGCAGUGUCACCGCUGUGAAUGCUCAGCCUCUGCUUGCUCCGGCAUACACCCAGAUUCAGCCGCAUUCGCUGGUUCAGCAACACAAGCAGCAGCAGCAGUUUGUGGUUCAGCAGAGCCAAGGUUCCCAAAGGACAACGGGCCAGCUGCUGCAGACGGCCUCCGUUCAGCCGUCACAGCAUCCUGUCCCCGUGCUGCCCAAACCUGCUCCUCACCAGCCUUCUACACCGAGCCAGCAGGCUACCAUCUUCCACUCCACUAUCAGCCCACAUGCCCUUCACUCCUCCCUCAACCAUGCCAAAGCUCAGCCUGUCCAGCUCACUGCCAUCAACCUACAAAUCCAGCCAACGGCCUCCCGACUACUUCAGGAGAGUAAAGAUAAGCCGACCUCUCUGGUAGUCAGAGAGACAUGUCAGACCCCAUCCACACAGCAACAGCAACAACCACAACAGCAGCAACAGCAACAGCAACCUGCAGCUUCUCCAUCCCAACCCUCCAAGCCUGUAGAGCAGUCCAAGGUUGACUCAGCCACACCAGCUGUUCAGCAGCAAGGUGGGGGUACAGCGAAGAGGCCGAGUGCAGCAGUGGGGACCCCACCUCCAGCCAUGACCUCAGGAAAUGAGAGCGAGGCGCCCACCGUGACGGGCAGCACGCCACAAAACGGAGAGAACAAACCACCUCAGGCCAUCGUCAAGCCCCAGGUCCUCACACAUGUCAUCGAAGGCUUUGUCAUCCAGGAAGGAGCUGAGCCGUUUCCCGUGUGUGUGGAGCGUCUGCCCAUUCUCAUCGAUAGUCCAAAGAAGCUGGACCAUCAGCUCUCAUCUGACCCGGACAAAACUCCGGUCAGCAACGCAGCCAACACCGACUCCGAGCCCGAGGACAUGAGCCAACCAGAAAAAGAUGAGCCCAAGCUGACGUGUGAAUACUGUGGCUGGGUUGAUUUUGCUUACACAUUCAAAGGCUCUAAAAGGUUCUGCUCGGUGGUUUGUGCAAAGAGAUACAACGUAGGCUGUACGAAGCGGAUUGGACUUUUCCGUCCAGAGAGGAACAAACCAGCAAAUCGCUGGCGUCGACGGUCUCAGGGCCGCCCCAGUAUUGAGGCAAAAAAGCAGAAGCUGGCCUUGUCACCACAGCAAACUCAGGGCGGUUCUGUAUCCUCACCACAUCCCUCCCAGCCCAGUCAGGAGGAAUCCAGCCCGUGUUCAGACAUGUCGAGCUACGAGGAGCCACCGUCUCCCCUGUCAGCAGCCAGCUCUGGACCUUUGGCUCCUGCCCCGGCUCCAGCCCAGGUCCCCGUCCCUGUCCGCCGUCAGCCGAGCAGGGCCUCGGACCAGGAGGCCUGCGUUGGGAGAGAUGGAGCACCGCUCUGUCAGCGCUUCGUACCCAACGACCCCACCAAAUGGAAUGUGGAGGAGGUUUAUGAGUUCAUUCGUUCACUACCAGGUUGCCAGGAGAUAGCAGACGAGUUUCGCUCUCAGGAAAUUGAUGGACAGGCCUUGCUCCUGUUAAAGGAGGACCACCUGAUGAGCACUAUGAACAUUAAGCUGGGACCUGCACUCAAGAUCUUUGCACGCAUCAACAUGCUCAAAGACUCUUAGCAGGAAACCGUGUGUGUAUGGGUGUGUCUGUUUGUGUGUCUUUGUAUAUUAUAGCACUGAUGGCACAGAGUACUGACUGCACUGUGAGCAGGCCUGCUCCAUUACUGGACUGGUUCCUGUCAUCCAGAAUCUCACUCAAGCUUGACUCGACCUCCCAAACCAGAUCUUACUCACCGGCAUCAGCUCAGUCGCCUUGUGACCAUUUAUGCUUCUGCUUGGUAACGUUAGAGUGACGUGUCAGACACUUCAGUCUGUGUUUACAUGCAGUCACAGGAGAAGCUUUUCAGUUGCUAAACCUUAAAGGAGCCUGUACAAAAGCUGUGCCAAAAUCUUUUAUUUUUCCAGAUGAAAAGAAAUUAUACUUUAAAAGUAUACAUGGUUGAAACAGCAGACGCAUAAGUUUCCACCUGGCAGUGCACCUGGUGAGUUCUUUCUGGGUUAAAAAGAAAAAAACUACACGAGUUGAUGUGGGUAUAACUGUUAGUAGAAAAGACAUCAGAUGUCAAAACUGGAGACAAGUUAAUGGCAAGCAGCAGCCUCUGGGGCUGAAAAAGCCAACGCACAAGUGCCAAAAACUGCAGUUCUUCUACAGUCGCUGGCUCUAAAAGCCAUUAAUCCCCCUUACCCAGUUUAUGCUUCCCGUUGUCGCCCUUGCUAACAGUGGUGCUGGCCAACAGUGACAUCACAAUUGCUGGCAAGCACGACGCAUCGGUGUCAUGUAGGCUGGUGUGUACUAUCAUGCCACCAUUUCAGUGACACAGUCGUACAGAAGCUCGGAGAUUCUAGAGGGAUUUUUAAAGCAAGGCAGAUGCAGCAACAGCUUAAAAACAUGACUUUGCCGUAGCUUUGCAUCCUUUUUCUUCUUCUCCUAUACCAAUGCUCCUGUGAAGGAUUCUUCUUAAUAGGAGAUGAAUCUGAUGUGCGUCAAGCACCAGUAUAAAUGGGUACAGGGCUGUAAUGACGUCACGGUUGGUGUAACAAGCAAUUUGAUUAACAUAAGCUAGACUUAAGACCCCAAUGUUAAAAUGCUCAACUUUACUGUAUCAAUAAACAUGUCUGCAGCCUUGUA